CUCGAUCCGACUUUGCAAUGGCGUUGAACCAGAAGGCCCCAGUCGAUAUUCGGAUCUCCCAGCUCGGACCAGGAAGGCCCGAAGCCGAGGCUGAAGAAGAAGAAGAUGAAGAGCACCUGGAGAAGCUGGAAUCUGAUGUCAAGCACAUGGCAAAGAAAAUUCUCAAGUACAGGGAUAAUCUUCCGGAACAGCUCAAGUCCACCUUUACUCCGGUUCUCUCUACCCAGCGUUCAGUUUCGAUGGGCAUUGAUUCAGAGGCCUUUACGUCUGGUGGCAACCGGAGAGAUUCAGGACCGGAUAAAGUUAGUAGAAGGGUGGCAGCAGAAGCGGAACAAAAGAAUACUUUGAAAAUAAGUUUCCUAAAGGAUAAAAUUUCAAGUAAUGUCUCGACUAUGCCUAACCUACUGAAAAGGAUGAAUGAUUGUAUCUCUAGGAUUGAAAAACUAGAUUCAUACGAUGGAAUCGUACAUCAUGCAUUUAAAAGGAAAAGGACGUUGAAACAGCUCAACUCGUGCUCGCUUGAUGUUAACUAGGGUAAAGGGUAAACAACUCUUGUGCACUAGGCUUCCACAGUGAACGAGGCUGGGGACAUGUAGAACUUGCCCCCCAGAUAAUAUGUGGUGAGGCCGUUUUUGGGAAUUGACGUUGCAACCUUUAAAUUGCACCCCUGCAACUCUACUAUUGGUUUACAUGCUCACUUAAUGUUAAUUAUCUGGUGUUAAUACGAAGAGGAGUUAGUGUGUCUUUUGGUUGAGACAUUUGGAGCGUAUCUUUCUAUACAAUACUGGAUGUGGAAGUUAUCGUAGUAUCGUAAUCACUGGGAAAGAAUGUGGUUUGAUUUUGAUAUGUCUUGUAAUUUGUUUAAGUUUCUCAAGUAGCAAAAGCUUUACCAAUCUGAUACAUUUUUAUAGCCUUGA